AUGACUUCACAUGACGACGUGGAUGAUGACAUCUAUCCCGAGGACAACGAUAGUUACGAACCUCAAGAAACUCGAAUGCAAGAUGCAGACGACGAAGAGGAAGGUGAAGAAAUUGAAUCUGAUAGUGACGACGAUAUUAAAUUUAUUACGGAAACGAAGGACGAACCUAAAGCUGAACCUGGCUCACAAAAGAACCUUCGACCUGGCUCACAAGUGAACGAAAGAGACAAGGCUAGACCUUCUCCCUCACCAACACCUGCGAUCAAGCGAGAAUUGACACCUCAAGCGAACAUCAACAGAAUCUCUACACCACAGAGUGAUGGUCGGCCUGGCACAGACUAUGCCGCAAGACAUACCUCGACCAUUGAUCCACUUAAUGGCAAUCCCAUACACCCUGCGACCGGCAAACCAAUCCUUCAGACAGACUUGGACAACGACUUCCCUACUGAGUCCUUGAAACCUUGGCGAAAACCAGGUGCAGAUGUAACAGACUACUUUAAUUAUGGCUUCGAUGAAUUUACGUGGGCGAGCUAUUGUCUGAAGAAGCAAAACAUGCCCAAAGAGAUCAAGGCGAUCAACCAAGAAACCGAACAGAUGAAAGCAUUUAUGGAUACAAUGCCAGGUGGCCUCGGUGGAGCAAUGCCCGCUGCCUCUGCACAACCCAUAGUACCAGAAAUGCCUAGUAUACCUGGAAUGCCGAGUCAAGUGGAGAUGCAGCAGAUGAUGGAAAUGAUGAAGAUGCAGGGAAUGGAUCCGAUGCAAAUGGACCCGAGUCAGAUGGCAAGCAUGAUGAUGGGUAUGGGUGCGCCAACCAUGCAAUCUGUUCAGCAACCACCAGCUGGUCCAGCCGGAUAUGGUGGAGGUCAUCAGGAGAAUUACAGUGGAAGGGGGAGAGGUAGAGGUCGAAGAUGGCAGUAA